GAUAAAUGAAUAGAUGAAUGAAUAAAUAAAUAUUUCUAUAUAAAAUAUGGAAAUAAGGAUUCCUCGUCUAGAGGAAUAUGGACUUUCAAAAAAGAUGGGGUUUUUACCAGAUAAAGAGCCUUUAUCUCGGUUAACUAAAAAAUAUUAUGAACCAUGGGAAAAAAUAAUGGAUCAUUAUAAUGAUUAUGUUCUUAUGGGGCGGUUUAGAAGGAUUAUUGAUGAGCUUCCAAUUCUUUCAAUUGAAUAUUUAGUUUCUUUAAAGGAAAAACAACGAGCUUAUCUUAUUUUAAGUUUUAUGGCACAUUCUUAUGUAUGGAUUGAUAAGAAACCAUCGGAUAGAUUACCAGCGUCUAUUGCAAAACCCUGGAUACAGGUUUCAGAGAUUCUUGAAAUACGUCCUAUUAUUUCUUAUGCUGCAGUAUGUUUAUGGAAUUGGAGACAUCCUUUUCCAAAUGAGCCUAUGAAUCUUUCAAAUUUGGCGACAUUGCAUACAUUUUCUGGUACAAAAGAUGAAUCAUGGUUUUAUCUUAUUUCUACUUUUAUUGAGAUUGAAGGAGCUCCUUGUCUUCAAAUUAUUUUAGACACUAUUUCAGCGGCAUAUUCUAAGAAUAGGAAUAUAUAUAUUGCCAAUAUGAAGAAGCUUUCUUUUUAUAUAGAAAAGAUUACAGAAAUUCUUUCUAGAAUUUAUGAAAAAUGCGAUCCAUAUAUUUUUUACUGGAAGAUACGUCCAUAUCUUUCAGGUUGGAAAAAUAUGGCAGAUGCGGGGCUUCCAAAAGGUGUUAUCUAUGAAGGAUGUUCGGAUGAUUAUCGUCAAUAUUCAGGUGGAUCAAAUGGUCAAUCUGCACUAAUUCAUCUUCUUGAUACUGCAUUGGGAGUUGAUCACAACCCUAUUGGCACAUUAUCCUAUAAAACUAAUACAUGUAAUGCAUCUGUUGAAAAAAAAUGUAAUUUUUUUCAAGAAAUGAGAGAAUAUAUGCCAGGAUCACAUAGACGAUUUUUAGAACAUCUUGAGAAAAUUAUUAAUAUCAGACAAUUUUCUCUUGAUAAUUCUAAUGACUUUGAUGUUGUUUCUGCAUAUAAUGCAUGUAUUAUUAAUCUUAAAAAACUGCGUGAUAAACAUUUGCAAGUUGUUUCACGAUAUAUUAUUAUUCAAAGUAAAAAUGAGAAUUUUAUAAAUAUGGGUCUUGCACGGCAUGUUAAUGAAAAAGAAAAUUUAAAAGGUACUGGGGGGACAAAUCUUAUUUCAUUUUUAAAGCAAUUUCGUAAUGAAACUACUUCAUGCAUAAUUAAAUCAGCGAUUAAGCCAAUGUCAUCAUUAGAAUCAUGUUCCAAUAAUAGGACGAUAAAAAUGAGUCUUAGGAAUAUAUUUUCUGAAUGGAAUGAUAAUGAAUGGGAAUGUAUAGGUGGAUUAUGUUACGUAUAAGUUUUGUUAAAAUUAUCAAAGCAUGUAAUAAAUUUUUGAUAAAAU